AUCUGUACAGUCAUACCGAUAUCGCGAAGAUGCAUUACACUCGCAGCUCGUAUGCUUGACUCACCCGUUCUCUCGAGUAUAAAACCAGCAGUUUUCGAGGUCUUUCAGCUGCAUUGAUCAGAGAGCUCGGUGAAGAAAUUGCACAAUCAUGACGUCGGACGCGAAAGAGCUGCUGCAGACGAAGAAUGGAGGGCGGUUUGGCAAGGCAUUGAGGAAAGAGUUCUUGUUCGAGGAAGGGUUCAGGAAUUUGAAUCAUGGUUCCUUUGGCACCUAUCCCCGUGCCAUCCGCGACGUCUUCCGCUCCUUCCAAGACGCCCACGAAGCCCAGCCCGAUGACUUUAUCCGCUACCAAUACCCCAAGCACAACGACAAAGCUCGUCAGGCACUGUCAAAAUACCUCAACGUCCCCACCUCCGAACUCGUCUUUGUCCAAAAUGCGACUACGGGUGUCAACACCGUCCUCCGCAGCCUCAUCUUCGCACCCAAUGAGUACAUCCUUUACAGCGCCUCCAUCUACGGCGCCUGCGAGAAAGCCGUCGCCUACAUCACCGAGACGACGCCCGCCAAGGCUGCGAAAAUAGAGUACACGUUCCCAGUUGAGGACGACUGGUUGGUCUCCGCAUUCGCGGCCAAGAUAGAUGAGAUCGAGAAGAAAGGCGGCAAGGUGAAGGUCGCGGUGUUCGACACGGUAGUCAGCAUGCCUGGUGUGAGGCUGCCGUUUGAGCGUAUCACGCAGGUGUGCAGGGAGAAAGGGGUGUUGAGUUUGAUUGACGGGGCGCAUGGGAUUGGACAUGUCGAGCUGGAUCUGAAAGCGCUGGAUGCGGAUUUCUUCGUGAGCAACUGCCACAAAUGGCUCCACGUCCCCCGCGGCUGCGCAAUCUUCCACGUCCCCCUCCGCAACCAAUCCAUCAUCCGCUCCACCCUCCCCACAUCCCACGGCUUCAUUCCUUCCCCCUCCGCCCAAUUUUCAGCCUCGAAGAACCCACUUCCCCCCUCCAACGCCCCAAAAUCCGAUUUCGAGCUGAACUUCGAAUUCAUCGGCACCAUUGACGCAUCGUCCUACCUGUGCGUGCCUGCAGCGCUGAAAUGGCGCGAGUCCAUCGGCGGCGAAGACACCAUCAUCCGAUAUAACCAGACGCUUGCCAAGCACGGGGCUAAGCGCAUGGCGGAGAUCCUCGGGACGAAUGUCCUGGAUAACGAGACGCAGACACUGACAAAGUGUUGCAUGGCGAAUGUGGCGCUGCCGCUGGAUGCGAAGAAGAUGUAUGAGAUUGGGGCACGGGCGGGGCUGGAGGAGGGGGAGAUUGGUAUUGCGAUUCGCGACUGGAUGAGCAGGGCGUGGAUUGACGACUACAAGACGUUCAUGCAGUCGAUGUUCUAUGCUGGGAGGUGGUGGAUUAGGAUGAGUGGGCAGGUGUAUCUGGAGAUGGAGGACUUUGAGUGGGCGGCGGGGGUUGUAAAGGAGGUUUGUGCGAGGGCGGAGAAAGGGGAGUGGGCAGUUAAGGGGAAGGCGAGGUUGUAGUAAGAGCAAAGGUGUUGUAAGAGGUUAGGAACUACAGAUAGAGUGUCCCCUUUAGGGAGCGCUACCAUGUGGGUGAC